AUGGCCUGCUGCGCUACCAGCUUCUGUGGCUUUCCCUCUUGCUCCACUGGUGGCACUUGUGGUUCUAGCUGCUGCCAGCCCAGCUGCUGCCAAUCCAGCUGCUGCCAGCCCAGCUGCUGCCAGUCCAGCUGUUGUCAGCCCAGCUGCUCCCAGUCCAGCUGUUGUCAGCCCAGCUGUUGUCAGCCCAGCUGCUCCCAGUCCAGCUGCUGCCAGCCCAGCUGCUCCCAGUCCAGCUGUUGUCAGCCCAGCUGCUGCCAGACCAGCUGCUGUGGAACUGGCAGUGGCCAGGAGGGUGGCAGCGGAGCCGUGAGCUGCCGCGUCAGAUGGUGCCGCCCAGACUGCCGCGUGGAGGGCACCUGCCUGCCCCCCUGCUGUGUGGUGAGCAGCACGCCCCCAACCUGCUGCCAGCUGCACCAUGCCCAGGCCUCCUGCUGCCGCCCGUCCUACUGUGGGCAAUCCUGCUGCCGCCCAGCCUGCUGCUGCCACUGCUGCCAGCCCAGCUGCUCGGAGCCCAGCUGUUGA